AUGAGUUGCUUACUCAAUCUAGGCGGAUUUCAGUUGAGAAAAUGGUGUUCAAACUUCCCAGCUGCUCUAGACGGUAUUCCACAUGAAGAUUUGGCCACACAAUCUAGCAGAACUUUCGAUCCAGAGGAAACUAUAAAGACUUUAGGCAUAAGUUGGGAGCCGUCGUCCGAUCUAUUCCGCUUUGAUAUAAACACUAACGCAGUUACUGAACCGAUUACCAAACGAAGCAUUCUUUCGGCUAUUGCUCGAUUAUAUGAUCCGCUCGGAUUGAUUGCCCCGAUUAUAAUUCGAGCUAAAAUGCUUCUUCAAUUGCUGUGGACGUUAUCGCUAGAUUGGGAUGAAGAUGUACCGGGCGAGGUACAGACGAGGUGGAAAGGUUUCGCUUCGGAACUGCCUGAUUUGUCAUCGUAUCGUAUUAGCCGCUACGCAUUUGGUGAAGGUGAUAUACAAUUACAUUGCUUUGCAGACGCAUCGAAGGCAGUGUAUGGGACAUGUGUUUAUGCUCGAUCGGUUGAUGCAUUAGGAGGAGUGAAGGUUGAGCUCAUCGCAUCAAAAUCGAGGGUAGGCCCACUAAAACGACGCAGCAUCCCACGGCUGGAAUUAUGUGCGGUACAACUUGCUGCACAUCUUUAUGAGAAAGAUUAUUCAGCUUUAGAUAUGAAGUUUUCGUCAGUAUGGUUUUGGUCGGAUUCUACUGUGGUUCUACACUGGCUCAGUUCGCCCCCUCACACCUGGAAGGCCUUUAUUGCGAACAGAGUAGCAGACAUCCAAGAAACAACCCGUGGUGGCAAAUGGUGUCACGUUCCUGGUGCAACCAACCCGGCUGAUUUAGUUUCCCGCGAUAUGACAGUGGAGCAGUUAGGGAAUAUCAGUGAAUGGAGACAUGGACUACAUUGGAUGCAGGGGGAAUUGGAUGACUGGCCGAAACAGAACUGGAUAACAUCGACCACACACUCGCAUGAAGAACUGGAACGCAAACACUCUGUCCUUACUAUUCAAACCCCAACGCUACCCAACCCCUUAGUAGCCCGUUUUUCGUCCUAUCUUAAAAUGGUACGUACGACCGCGUAUUGCCUGCGGUUUUUUUUCAUAAUGCUAGAGGCGGAAAACGAACAACCUCUACAGUAUUAUUGGUUCACGAAUUGGAGCGAGCAAAAACGGUUCUGGUAA